CUCGCGGCUCGCGGUCGAACAGUAAGUAAAGCAAAGGCUCCGCGCGUGAACCGAAACCCUGCGAUCCGACUCGAUCACGUGCAGAACGAACGCAACCGGGCUGUUCGCUUACAGAUAAAGUGUCCCAGUGGGUGAAGUGCUGUGCUGAGAAUAUAUUUAAUCGAAACAAAAAAAGGCAAACGGAAGUGCAUUGCGUUGUGGCGCGAAAGUCUGGCAAUAGGAAAUAGGAGUGUAAACUACUCGCAAGUGCUUCACAGUGGUUCGGUACUUGAAGUAUCAACCGUUCAUGCUGGUUUUGCCGCCUCGUGUGCCUUCUGCUGGUGAUCCACAAGUUCCGAGUCGUAUCGCUGUGAACCGGGGCGAAUUGUCGAGCUCGAACAAAAAAAACCGGGCAGGUAACAAGGUUAAAGGUUCUGGAAGGAUCGAUUGAUCCGAGGAGUGAUCGCGCGAUGAUCGAUUAAAGCAACGCCAUUACACAACGUUAUGUGAUUUUAACUUCCCUCCGGCCACGCUCUGUUCGAAGUGGUCCUUCGGGUAUCCUUCACCAAGCAAAAAACGUUCCUUAGGGCUCACCUCGGUUCAUCUCGGUGGUCAGUCCGAGUGCAUAGUCAGCAUAGCAAGUAAGCACCAAACGCUUAUCGAUCGAUAUCGGUCGCUAAAGUUUACCGAUAAGUGGGUGUGUGUGUGUGUGUGUGUGGGUGGGCGCACUAGAGCAAUUCCUCACGCCACGCUCGCCAAGACAAAGAUGCAUUCUCCGGGCCGGGCAGCCACGACGGCGUACGUGUUUCUGGUGUGCCUGUGCGCAUUUGUAACGGCCGUGAUAGCGCAAAACAGUGUGGCUGCUACUGAUGGGGGUGGUGCUGCUGAUGAGGGUGCGGUGACGGCAGACGCCACCGUCAGUAUGACGCCACCAUCGUCACCACGGGAACCGUUGCUCAACGAAACGGAAUUGGUCGAUCUGAACCAGCUCGGUAGUACGGUGUCGUAUUCUGCCACAAAACCGCCCACCGAAACAUCACCAGUGUCCUUCGUUCCUGUGGACAGUAGCUCCAGUACGAGCACAACCACGUUGGCGGUACCAUCGGAAGGAACGUCCACCACCGAACGUACAAUGUCGCCGGAGGAGAUCCAGAAGCUGCUGCUACCGCCGGCUACCGUGGAGGCUGACAUCUUGCACGUUAACGCGACGGACGAUCAUCGGCCGGAUGCUAAAUCAAGCAGCAAAGACUCCGACUGUCCCACGCUGGAAGGAGCGGAUCACCUAUCACAGACGCAACUUCUUACGCGAUUAACGCACGUCUGUCGAUACGAUCGGUUGGAGCGUCCUAAGCGAGAAUCGGUUAACGGUACAAAUGGACCGGUCAAAGUGUACGCCCGGGCCUACAUAUACUUCAUGCAAAACUUAGAAGCUCACGAUUUGCAAUUUAAAAUUCACGCCCUGCUACAGUUCCGCUACGUCGAUCCACGAUUAGUAUUCCGAGAGGUAGCCCCAAACCGGACGAAACCCAUCAUGGGCGAACAGUCGUUGCGCGAUUUGCUCUGGGUGCCUCACGUCUUCCUCGCGAACGAGCGCAGUUCCGACAUACUGGGCACGGCCGAAAAGGAUAUUCUCACCUCGAUCUCACCCGACGGUACGGUGAUCGUGUCGACGCGCAUCAGUGCCACGCUGUACUGCUGGAUGAACCUGCAGAAGUUCCCGUUCGAUGAGCAGCACUGUUCAACGGUGCUGGAGAGUUGGAUGUACAAUGAGGAUGACUUGGUGUUGCUAUGGGAACACAAAUCCCCUGUAACGCUAGCACCGGAGCUACAUCUCACCGAGUACGUGCUGCUGGAGAUGUUCACCAACGAAACAGUCAUUAAUGCAGAUCUUAGCGACUUGCGCCACGGUGCAUUUGCUGGCAACUACAGCUCGCUCAGCUUCACCGUCCAUCUGGCACGCGAAAUGGGCUUCUACAUGAUGGACUACUUCAUCCCAUCGAUCAUGUUGGUCGCCAUCUCGUGGGUAACGUUCUGGUUGCAGGCCGACCAGUCGGCACCGCGCAUCACGCUCGGCACAAGCACCAUGCUGACGUUCAUCACACUGGCCUCGGCCCAGGGCAAAACGCUCCCGAAGGUCAGCUACAUCAAGGCGUCCGAGAUCUGGUUCCUGGGCUGCACCGGGUUCAUCUUCGGCAGCUUGGUAGAGUUUGCCUUCGUCAACACGAUCUGGCGCCGGAAGCGUAACGUGGAGGUGAAGAAGGUCAACAGUAAGCACGUGCUGAAACAAGCGAUCACACCGCGCCCGGCCCGCAAGGACAUGAGCGGACUGCACAAAUCUCAUUCCUGCACAUCGCUGGCCGAUUCCGCGACUACCGUGUCGGCCAACUCCUUCAACAACUAUCUUACCGUGCAUUCUAUUCCUCAGAAGAGUCCCAGCAGUGCCACGCUGCCCAUCAUUUCGACGACGGACGUCGACCGAACACCGACUGAAGCCGUAACGAUACAGAUCGACGGCCAAACGAGCAACGUCAAUGGGAACGGUUGGACCACGAUGACACCGCAAGAGGUAGCGAUCUGGAUCGACAAACGAUCGCGCUUCGUCUUCCCGAUCGCGUUUGUGAUCUUCAACAUUUUCUACUGGACGUUCGUGUACUACGUUUGAGUGCAGACACGGGGAAAGUGAACGCUUUCAGUCAAUGGCGAACGAUCCGGUACCACGGAUACACAGAAAGUAUUAUUGCUGUGAGGCUGCAGCGGGAGCAGCCUCUUGCCUUGUUUUUUUUUAACUGUAUUGUAGCUUCAAAGCAAACAAAUACUUACCGAAGAUUAAACACCUAGCGAUUAUUAUUUAUUUAAACGACGACGUGCCUAAGACCUACUGUGCAUAGUGAUUUAAAAAAAAUAAUAAAAAAAACCCUUGUACUGAUAAGUUGAAACGAACAUUUAA